GAGGCGCUGUCCCAGGCCGAAAGGUUCUGGCUUAUCAGCGGUCGAGGCUGCCUUCGCCUCCCUGCCCACCCCACCCUCGCGCAGAAGGACUCGGAGGCGAGGCGGAGUCCCUGCCGCAGAGGCUGGGCGCGGUGGCAGCGGACCCCGUCCUCGGACCCCGCCGGCGCCAUGCGGCUUUCGCUGCUGCUGCUGGCCGUGCUGCUGCUGGCGGUCCUCUGCAAAGGGCACCUGCGGCUGUCCGCUGGCAGCACCCCGAACCCCUUCUCCGAGAACGUCAGGCGUCCCCCCGCGCCGCUGGUGACCGACAAGGGGGCUAGGAAGAAGGUUCUCAAGCGAGCUUUCUCAGCCAGCCAAGUGCCUGAGAAGCUGGAUGCAGUGGUGAUUGGCAGUGGCUUGGGGGGUCUGGCUGCAGCUGUGGUUCUGGCCAAAGCUGGCAAGCGAGUUCUGGUGCUGGAACAACACAGCAAGGCAGGAGGCUGCUGUCAUACUUUCGGACAGAGAGGCGUUGAGUUUGACACAGGAAUCCAUUAUGUUGGGUCCAUGCAAGAGGACAUUUGCCGUUUUGUCUUGGACCAGAUCACAGAGGGGCAGCUGGAAUGGGCUGCCUUGUCCUCUCCCUUUGACAUCAUGGUACUAGAAGGGCUCAAUGGCCGAAAGGAGUUCCCCAUGUACAGUGGGGAGAAAGCUUGCAUUCAGGGCCUCAAGGAGAAGUUUCCCCAGGAAGAAGCUGCCAUUGACAAAUAGGUAAAGCUGGUUAAGGUGGUGUCCCGUGGAGUCAUCCAUGCCAUCUGGUUGAAGAUGCUCCCGUUGCGCAUAGCUCAGCUCCUCAGCAAGUGUGGGCCGCUCACCCGGUUCUUUCCAUUCCUUCGUGCAUCCACCCAGAGCCUGGCUGAUGUCCUGCAGCAGCUGCCAGCCUCCCCGGAGCUCCGGGCAGUGCUGAGCUACAUCUUCCCCACUUAUGGUGUGACCCCCAGCCACAGUGCCUUUUCCAUGCAUGCUCUGGUGGUUGGCCACUACAUAGAAGGGGACUUUUACCCCCGAGGGGGUUCCAUUGAAAUUGCUUUCCACACCAUCCCUGUCAUUCAGCGGGCCGGGGGCGCUGUCCUGACCAGUGCCACUGUGCAGAGUGUGUUGCUGGACUCAGCUGGGAAAGCCUGUGGCGUCACUGUGAAGAAGGGUCAGGAGCUGGUGAACAUCUAUUGCCCCAUCGUGAUCUCCAAUGCAGGACUCUUCAAUACCUUUAAGUACCUGCUGCCUAAGAACGCCCGCUGCCUGCCAGGGGUCAAGCAGCAGCUGGAGAUGGUGCGUCCUGGCUUGAGCACCUUCGCCGUUUUCAUCAGUCUGCAGGCCACCAACUACUUUGUCUACUUCGACACAGACCUCGACAAAGCAUGAGGCGUGAUGGAGCACUACCUCUCGAUGCCCAGUGAAAAGGCUGCAGCACACGUGCCCUUCUUCAUUGCUUCCUCAUCAGCCAAGGAUCCCACUUGGGAGGUCCGGUUCCCAGAUCAGUCCACAAUGAUCGUGCUGAUGCCCACCCGCUAUGAGUGGUUUGAAGAGUGGCAGGAGGAAGUGACGGGGAGGCGGAGCAGCGACUAUGAGACCCUCAAAAACUCCUUUGUCGAAGCCUCCCUGUCGGUUGUCAUGAGGCUGUUCCCACAGCUACAGGGGAAGGUGGACAGUGUGGCCAGAGGGUCCCCACUGACCUACCAGUUUUAUCUGGCUGCUCCCCAGGGUGCCUGCUACGGGGCCGACCAUGACCUGGACCGCCUACAUCCCCACGUGAUUGCCUCCAUGAGGGCCCAAAGUCCCAUUCCCAACCUCUACCUGACAGGCCAGGAUAUCUUCACCUGUGGGUUGGUGGGGGCCUUGCAAGGGGCCAUGCUGUGCAGCAGCGCCAUCCUGAAGCGGAACUUGUACCUAGACCUUAAGAAGCUUUAUUCAAGGAUCCAGGCACAGAAGAAUUAGUUCAGUAAGCAAUGAGUUUGAGGAAUCCCACCGGACCUAGGGCACAGCCCUGGAUGUAGCUAUAACGUCUUUCUGUACCGGUUCCCUCCUCACAUAAAACACUCUAAUUUGUUUCUGACUAGAGGUCUGACACACAGGUCACAGUCCUUGGAUCACAGUUCUCAAGCUGCGGCUCUUCCAGCUGGGCAGGUGGUGAGCUCUCAGACCUCUAACGUGUUGU